AUUAAAAACAAACAAAACCAAAACCGUUUCCUUCCGUUCUAUUGUUCAUCACGUGCCAGUGUCUCACGUGUUUCUUUGUGUAUGUGUAACGUAAUGAUCAUCUGCGUGAUUGCCCAUUACGUUGUGCAAUUACGUUGUGCCGCUUACGUUGCCGUCUUGCAGUUGGUUGUAAUUUGAAAGUACAAUGAAAAUGCUUGUAAAUAAUUAUCUUGCUUUGCAUUUGAUCUCUCUUUGAUCCUCUCUCUCCUUUCCCCAAACCCAACCCCAACAUCAACCACCUCCUCCUUUCUCUAUUUCUCACUCUCAAGCCAUCCCGCUCUCUUCUCCACUCUCUCUCUCUCUCUCUCUUUUUAUGUGUAAUUUUUGUGAUUUUUGGUUUUUAUUUGAAAUACUUUGGAGCAUUUUUCCUGCCUUGGUUGAUUACAUUUUCUGCUACAUCCCCUACGCAUUUGCACAUGAAAUAUUAAAAAUAUUUUUCUUGGUGUGCAUUGGUGUGUGUUAGUCCCCAGCAUCGAGCAUUAUGCCAAAGCCAAUGAAAUAUUUUAAAUAUUUUAUUAACUGCAAAGCAGGGCCCGCCAAGGAAAAGCUUCCCACCGCCCAAAUUGCAUUGAAUAUUUACAAGCAUUUUCAUUGCCUUGAUUUGGACGACCCGUUCCCAGCCGUUAUUUUGUAGACUGUACUGCAAGAACUGCCAGCUAAACUUGAGCAACAUGUGAACAAAGUACCUACCCAUCGUCAUAGCCCAUCAUCAUCAUAUGAGCCCGGAGGAGGAACACGCACAGAAGAGUUCUGUGAGAGAUUCUGCCUAGGAUGCUUCGCCACAAAUUAACGCUAUUAUUUGGCCAUGCAAAUUAAGGACAUCGGCGCAAUGAUUAGCAUAAAUCAGCAUCAAUUCGGGGACUCAACAAGUUUUGCCAACUCAAUUUACAUACGAAACACAUUAUGUGCGCGCUCCUCCUCUCGGCCUCUCUCUCUCUCUCCCCCUCAGUGUAUCGAUUAGCAAUUAAUUCAGCUAGUUUUUAGUUCGUUUCGUUAGCUUCAACCUUCAUUUGUAGUCAUCAACCAAACAAACCAAAAAAAAGAACAACAACAACAACCAUAUGAACCAAUCAAACGAUCAACCAAAAGAAAGUAUGCAACAUUUACUAAGAACCAAAAACAAACCACCAACAGCAACCACAACAAAAUACAAAAAAAAUACCAAAAACCAAAAACAAAAAAACAACAAUUAACAAACGCCAAACAAAACACUCAAGCAACCAGCAUUAAUAUAUAAUAAUAACAAUAAUAAUAAUGGUAUCAAGUUUUCCCAAAAGAUUCUGUAAAGCUUACUUGCCUCUCAUUCCCGUUUUCGAUCUAGGAGCUCAACUUGAUUCAAUUGCGAAAUUUGUUCCACAAAGUCAAACCAAUCACGAAACCCAAAAACAAGAAACAAAAAACGCUUUGCAAACAUAUACAAAACAAAAAAAAAAGAAAAGAAUAAAUUCAAAUUGAAUGUUUUACAAAAACGGCAAACUGAAAACGAAACAAAUUUUCACUUUGACAAUACCAACCCGAUUCGAGUCGAGUCGCGUCGGCUGCCAAAGCGAAAACUUUGCCUCAAAUUUAAAUGCACAUUUUAAUUUCGGCCCGAAACCAUUUUUUUGUGGAACAUUCACAUGUUGAAGCAAGCGCUGAAAACUAAAACAAACCCAGAAACAACAGCAACCAGGGAGGGAGUACUCGUACCCAACCAAUGAAACCAAAGCAUGAAAAUUCAGCAAAGAGCAAAAAAUACUGAAACGCGUAGUUGAAAGGCUUUUUGGGGGGAAAAAGAAGAAGAAGAAGAAUUGUUGUUCCUUUAGUUCUGGGCUCUGUAAGUCAUAAUAAAAUACCUUUGCAGCGGUCUGGGUAAGUCGGAGUUGGCGUGUUAUCUAUCUACCAAAUACAUUAUAUAAAUACGAUAUAAGGAACUGUUUUUUAAUGUAGUUUAGAAAGCCUUUGAACCCAGCUAUGCCGGCCAAAUACCCAACCAAUAAUAACCAAUCAAAAAAUGACCGAAAAAACCGAAAAAAAAAACCAAAAACCAACAAUGAGAGAACCAAGCCCCCCGCCAAACCAAGCCAAUUCAGCGCAUUCCAUCACACUUUGCAUAAUCGAAUAUACAUCAGUUAUGGACGAAAGAUAGGCUAUCCUUACACGAUUCUUUUGAUUUUAUAGUUUUUUGUAUCUUACAUUUCUUAUCAAUGUUGACCAAAUGUGGCACUCUCUCGCCCUGCGCUUCAAUAUUUGCUUAAUACCAUGUUGAUUUGAGGCUAACUUGAAUAUUUUCCUCGUUUUCACACAAACACAAACACACACACAGCCACAUACGACACCAUUCGCUUAUGGUUUCCUCUCUUCUUUCUACUCAACUUAUUCUUACUCAAUGCGAAGCACGCAAAAAAUUCUCAAAAAUAAUGACACAAACACCACACACACACACACACACACACAGGCAUACAUACACCUUUUGUACACGUUUACUGUUGAUUUCUUUCAAACGCAGGUGCGCGACAUCAAUUUAUCAUGCUCUUUCUCUCUCACCCACCCGAAAAGCGCCCAAAAGUAUGCAACGCUUGCUAAGUCUGAAAAACAUUGCCAAUUCGUACAGUCAAUUAGGUACAGUCUAAAUUUAAGGAUCAAAGUUAUUGUGAACCACACACAAAUUUGCCAAUUAUUCUCCUAUAUAUUGGUGUCUAACAGUCUAACCACAAUGCCUCUCUCUCUCUCUCUCUACAAUAUAUCUGUCUGUUGCUCUCUCUCUCUCUGUCUGUAUCACUGUCUCUCUCUGUCUGUGCUGUGGCCCGUGCUCUGUGUGACUAAAAACUUAGUAGCGUGCUAGGUUUAGUAGCUUAUACUUACAUCUAUAUAUAUGUAUAUUUAUGUACGAGUGUGCGUGCGUCUGUGUGAAUGUGUGUGUGUGUGCGCGUCAUAUUGAAUAGCAGCUUAUUGGGCCAUACUGUACUACCCGUAAAACUGUGGAAUUUGAAAACCAAAAAAAAACAAAAGCUAUAUUAUAAUUUUGAACAUUUUUCCUCGCAUGUUUGCAUUGCCCUGCUCGUCAUAUAACUUAUAUACCCUAUGUUUCUCUAUAUAUAUAUAUAUAUCUCUCCCUCUACAUAUCCUUCUUUUCUCUCUCUCUCUCUCUCUAUCUUUCUAUGACUCUAUCUAUCUCUGAUUCUGUAUGAAAUGCAAACAAAUGUUGUUCCACUGCGUGCAUUUUAAUUGUCUUGUCGGUCUCGCUCUAAUUUGCUCUUGCCAUCUCUUUUACGCUCUCUUCUAUCUAUUUUUCCGUCUCUAUCUUGCAGUCUGUGCAUUGCUCGCAUGCGCUUAAUUAUAAACAAGAAAUCCUUUAAAUUUAUUUCGUUUGAUUUCCCUUUGUUGACUUUUCGGUUGGUUUUUACUCGCAUAUGCGGCCCAGAACGCCGCAACGCCAUUGCAUGACACUUAUAUUACGAUUUGUGCAGCGUCGGCAGGCGGGCUGCCAACUGGCUGCGUUUUAAGCUAUUUUUAUGCAAACUAUAUCAAAGAAGAAACACCUAACAACAACAACAGUAUUCUUUGUGUUACCAACAAGCCAAUUGCGGACUUACCAAAAGCACAUACUCGUACAUACUUGAGCUCUUACCAAAGUAUUUUAUCCCUGAAAUGUGCACUGCAACAAUGCGUUCUAUUGACUAACCCACACAAUGCCUAAGUAUACUAACCCAACUCUACUCUACUCUAUACAUUUCUCUACAAGUAUUUAAUGGUUUAUGGCCUUGGCAAAGUUUCUUGGAAUAUGGUUAAAGGUACAAGGUGUAGGGAAUCUUGAGCUAAAGCCAGUAUUCGACAUUGACUGCUAAAGGAUUGCGUUCAUUAAGUGCUCAUAAACAGAAUACUAAUCAAAACAGACCCCCCCCUACAAAUGCAGGCCUUAAUUUAUGUAUCCCCAAGCUCCAGUCUUCCAUCCAAACAUUAUUCGAAUCACCCGAACCCCACGACUUUUCGAUGUGAUUCUUCUCGCUCGCAACCUGUAUUUAUUCGUGUGGUAAGCUUAGCCAACAACGGGCCAGUGUAAGUAAACGGUAAUGUCACAUCGCUGGAGUUAAUCAAUUUUUGGGCGGGAGUCUAAUAAAGCCCUUGGGGUCGGCAGCAGCCGGCACUCGUAUUCGUACUCGUACCCGUGUGUGCACUUGAGAAGCUCGACUUAGACUUGGCUUCUUCUCUGUCAACUUGACUUACUGCCAUUUGUGGCCAAAAAGUUUCAGCUGCCAUGGACUAUUUCCUAUUUCCUCUCUGGUGGCCAAAAACAACAGCGAAGAGAGAAAGGGGAAGGCGAGUAAGAGCUCCGGAAAGGCAAAACUUUGCAAUCCAAUGAAAUGCAAUCGAAUGGAACCAAAAACCAGCGACAUGCAUUUUCCUUUCCUCUCCCAUCUCUCGCUCAUUGUUUUUCCGCCUGAGAGCUGUCGAGUGUCGGGUGGGUCCUCGUCCCUGGUCCCUGGUCCCUGGUCUCUGUUCUCUGGUCUGUGCUUGGCGCAGCACUUUAAGAAUUUUAUUGCGAACAAAUUAUGUAGCAUAUUCUUCGGGGCUGCACACUCCGCGCCCUGCCACACUCUUGGCUUGAUUUAUAGUGUCGUCGCCAAAUGUGAAAUUGAGCGCAGAGCAGAACCUGAUCGAUGGCUUCUGCUGACUGCACACGCGCGGUCCUUCGAAGUUUCCUUGAGUUUUCCAUAAACCAGAGACAUACUCGCACAUACAUGAAUACAUGCGUGCAAUUAACUCGGGUCUAUGGCCGACCGUUUGACAUUUUCAUUAGGCAAACAAAGAGGAGAAACUGGGAAACGACGUUUACGUUUCACGGCCGGAAAUCCUGCUGCAAAAAACGAAAAGCUGAAAGAAAUGUCUGUUUCCGUUUGAAGUCCACAAAACCCGGCCACACAGGCACCGACACACACACACGUACACAUACACACACCAGUUUCGCAUUUAGCCGCAAAACGACUUUAAUUUGCGGUUCCAUGGGCGCUGUAUUCGCCCCAUUCCGGGCCCACAUCCAGCUGCUGGUCUGAUUUCAUUACACAAUCUGCGCUUAAAGGCCAACUUUUUUGCUUCCUUGAGUUCCGUUUGGGAGACUUCGCCACUUUUCUUUGUGGCUUUGCCUUUAAAUUGUUUUGUUGGCCACCGGAGCGGAUUCCUCCGCUUGGGUUUCCCUGUCCUUGAAUUGUGGAUUUUCGUUUGUCUAGAUUGUGUGCUCGGUGGGGUCCUGUGUGUGGCAUGGCCCAUGUGUUGCAUGUGCUCUCAUCGGUUUGUGCGUUUCGCGUGGAUUGAAUUUUAAAUCAAACAGAUUUCGAUUAUAUGUGCGAUAAGCGAUCUGGGGCGAACAAAUCAAUACAAAAAUGAUGGAAAAACUUACAAAAAAGGACUCAAUCAUUGUUAAGUUUUAAACCUUCCAUUAUUGGUCAGAAGUUUCAAAUAAAUUCCUUCAGCGUUAUCAAUGUGAUUGAUAUGAGUUUAAGAUAAAUAUUUUACAAUAUAUAUAUCUGCAGCUCCGCAGAAGAUUUUUUACUCCGGUGACUGAUUGGUCCUAGCAUUUAUUACAUUUAUCUUUCAUUGGCUAAAAAUCACUUAGAGGAGGAAUGCCCUGAAAUACCUUUUUGAGUUUUGUAUUGAAACACCUUUAAAAGCCGGGCUUUUCAUUGACUUCUCUGACCUUUGAUUGGGCUUUCACUCUGUGGUUGCUUUGAAGUGGCCAAAGCGGAGGCAAGCCCUGGGCAUUUUUUGUCCUAAUGAACUGUUUCUUAGGGCUGGUGUGGGGCCGGUGCUGGACCGUUUAAUGCUGAUUUGUGCACCAAAAGUGUACUGCAAAGCUGUUCCACAUUCGCCCCAUGGCCCUGGCCAUGUGCCAGUUUCGGGACUCGACUCACACAUCGAGAACCGAACCGAUUCGCCGCAUAAGCCUGUGGAGCACCUUGAGCCUCCUCUUUGCCUCCGGGCAGCAGGGCCGGGCAGUGGCAAGAAACAAAAGAAACAUCAACACAUCGAAAGGAAUGAAAGGGAAUGGAAGGGAAGGGAAGCUGGCGAACGUCGGUCUCUCAGUGUCAUUUAGUGAAAUUGCCUGUAAUGUCUCUGUCUCCAUUUCCAAGCCCGUGCCCGUGCCAGUGCCAGUGCCCCUUCCUCUAUCCGUGUCUGUGUCCCUGAAUCUCCGUUGGCUGCUGCUGCAUUGUCUAACCACAGCAAAGCAUUAGCUUUUCUUCCUUCUCUACGACUUGGUCGUGUGUCAGCUCCAGCUGCGGCUGCUUCUGCUUCUGCAUUUUUCAUUAGCCUGCGCACUUUUUUCCAGCCUCGUCGUUUGGCGCUCGGCCCACCUGUCCAAGCAAGCAUCCUGGCUGGCCAGGAUUCUCUCUUCCAUCUCUUCCCUCGUCUUCCUCCCUUGGCGUUGAUUUUUCAAGUGCAUUUUGCACUUGAUUCUGCGCAGCUUGGCUCAGCUCGAGUCGUUGCCUCGCCAGCAGCUGCAUAAUAAAAUUGUACACGGGCCAAAUUGCUGGGGCUGUCUGUCGGCGCCUGCCUCCCCAGAUGAUUGCGACUGCACAAGGAGCUCCACAGAUUUGUUUUCAAUUUCCCAUAGAUGGAUUGAUAUGUGGGUGCAAAUGGAAGACACUCGAAUGCGAAACUAAAACUGUAUUUAAUUGAAUCACACAAAACACAAGUGAUUUAUGUAUUUAUUGUCUAGAAAUUAGAAAUGUUUUCAAUUGCAAUCGUUUUCCACGCUGCUAGGACUUGGAUAGUAACGAAGACAGAUGGUAGCGUAGCCAAUGUAUCCACUCCCACUGCAGAGUAUUGUUUAGCCCACCCAAACAUCGAUUAUGGCGCGUUAAUUGUUUCCACAUAUAAUGGGAGAGUUUACCACAAAUUAACAGCCUGGCCAGCACUUGAACAAACAGCAAACAAUCACAAAACACAAAACACACAAUCAAUAAGCCCAAAUAAAUUGCUGUCAUUAAUGGCCCGCACUUCCUGGUCGCCGCUGGGGAUUCGACGAGUACAUGUUAAUUUUCGACGCCACCAGGCAAUUGGUGCAGCGAAACAAUUUAUUAUUACACAAUGGCAGCAAAAAUCAAUGGCGGUAAUCAGAAUAGAAAAAAACAACGCACCAACUCUAGACUGAGUUGUGCGCAGAGCUCAACAAUUAUCAUUAAUUAUAAGGUCAUUAUUGCGUCUUGUGCACACUUAAUUAUGGAUUAAUUUGAGAAGAAGACAAAUAACGAGCAAAAGACUUGUCAACAGAGAAGAAACAGAAAUUUGCGUCUGUACUACGUCGUAAACUAAAUCUUUUGGUCUUUAAUAUAAGACCCAAAACAAACGCUUCCUUUGGCAUAAACGUAUUCUUUAUCAGAGCUUCGGAUUAAACUUAAGUUCAAGUCGCUUUCGUGUUUGUUUUUUGCUGACUUUUAAGCGUAUUUCGAUUUGCCAUUAGGCUCCGUGCAGAAAACAUAAAAAUUUGUAGGUUUUGUGGGCGAGAAGGAGUCCUCCAUGGUCCGCCACUCCAUGCAGUGGCUUCCGUGUGCGCGGUUCAUUAGCGUUUUGUCGCCUCCAUGGCUCCAUGGCUCCAUGCGCCAGGCGCUUGUGUUUUUGCUGGAUUUUAUUCGUUCGCAUUGCGUGAGUUUCGGGCUUGUUAGCCGGGGUAUGUUCGGGGGGCUGAACACGAGUAUAAAUAGAAAACCUGCAGUGAAUGGGCGGCCAGAGAUAUCGACUCUUCUUCUUAGAUGAUUGAAAGUUGACUUUGCCAAAUAUUGAACAAUGCCGAAAGGUGAAAGUUUAAUGAACACAUGGCGUGUGCGUGUUGGCUCGAUCGAAUGAAACGGCAAAUAUUUGCUGAAAACUUUCAAUGAGCCACGUGGCCCACCAGGCGUAUGUGCAAUAUGAAUAAUUUGCAACAUUUCUAUGGUUGAAUUAUUGUAUAAUUUUCGCCUUUGGUUGAGAAUGUCUGGGUGCCCACAUAUGUAGCUGACCGUCAGGUGGGGUCGGGUCGGUCGGAGCAAAAUAUUUUGAAAGCCUCCUCUCCAGGGGGCCGCUCCUCUUGCGGACGUGCGUUGGCUUUGGCACUCUGGUGGAGUCUCCUCGCUCGCUGUUCGUCAAUCAGCGUCGCAAAUUGUUGAUUACACCUACAUUAAGUCAAGGGCAGGACAACAGUUACUGUUACAGUUACAGUUACAGUUAUGUGGAGCAGUCGAUCGAUACUCCUCCUACCCUGCGCCCUCCUCUCGCUUUGUGUGACUGCGAUUUUGCACACGAAAAGCAAACGAAACCAGAAAACGUGGCUUUACAUACGAAAGUCCAUCAUAUACCAUAUAUACGUACGUAUAUGUGUACUCCGACUAUAUAGUCGACACUCGCUGUGUGUCGUUUUAUUUGCCUUAUUACUGACACGCAGCAUAUUUAGUAGCUGGCUUAGUGGCAGUGCCUUGUUUAUAGUCGCGACUCCCCGUUCUCCCCCAGACUCGAAUCAAAUCGAACCGAAUAGAGUCGAGUCACUCAUUAGGAUGUCUACAUGUUGGCAGCAACUGCACGUGCAUGUACAUUUUGGGUGUGUGUGUGUGUGUGUAUCAGGUGUGUGAGUGUAUUUGUGUUUGUGUGUGUGACAUUGACUUUUGUUUGUUUGCUUUGCGGCAAGUUCUGAUAGAAGUUUACUUUUAAAAGGCAAACAAAUGCAAGUUUAUGGUGGACUAUUACGUAUACGACGGGAUGGCCACGUUGGGCAUUGUUCAUUUAUGAAGCAAUUAAAAAAUAAUUGAGAUUUCCAAGGGUUCAGUUCGCUUCCAUAUUCCAAACAUCAAUAAAGAAAUGCAUAUUUGUAUAUGAAUAUUACGUAUACGAGUGAUGGCUAUUUGCCUUUUGUCAUAAAUGUUCAGAUCUCUCUCUUCAUAUUUAGAAAUAUUAAAAAAUAAUACUUUAAUGGAUUAUUUGGCUCAAUUUUACCUCUAACUUAGUCCAAACUAAUAGUUUUUCCGCUCAUGAAUUUUUAUUGUAUCCGUUUAUUCUGUUUUUCCGAAUAAUACUCCGUGUCGGUUCGUCUGCUAUAUCACCUGAGAUUCAGAGACUAACAAUUCAGAGCCCAAUCGGGCUAUGUGAGAACCAAAUAGAAACACCUGCGUGAAAUGCAGUGGGAAAGAUAAAAUUUAAUUGUUUGGGUUUUUGUGUUAAUCUUAGGUUAUUAUUUUAAUUUCCUUAUCGUUCGUUGACUGCUCGAUUCUAUAUAUUAUUCUUUGGUAUACCUGCAUGGCCGGGCCGACAUGAGCUGGAGAACUUGAGUUUUGUUUGCAGUGGAGCCCUCGACUUUUGGUGCGCUUUGAUGUUUGAAUCUUACAGCAGAGGCAUGAUGAUUUACGGCUACUACUAUACAAUAUACAAUAUACAAUAUACAAUGACAUGUGUCUUGCUAUGUGCUGCUCCCCUUAACCGUUUAACCAUUUAAGUGUUCUUUGUUUUUCAUUUUAUUUUUCCACUUUUACAAUCUCUCAAUCUAUCUCUCUGUCUCCCCCUCCUUAUGUCUCUAUUCUUCCAUUACUUGUUGUUUAACUAUUUUAUGUUUUCAAUCCUGUUCUAACUGUUAAUUGUUUUCCUCCGUGUGUGUUUAUGCCUUGUACUAACCGAAAAGAUCUGUCAAUUGGCAUCCAGUUACAUAUACUUCCUAUCGAUGUUGUAAUUGAUGACGAAUCCAAGUGAAUCCAAAAUUAAGUUUGAUAUCGAAAUUUGAUUGCUUUUGCAUUAGACGUUACUCUUGUGAUGAGUUGUAAUUUGUAUGCUUUUGACCGAAUUCUUUAUGUAUACCCCCCAUCCCCCCAAGAAACCACAAGCGAGAGCCGAUCUCACACAGCCCAACUAAUCACUGAAACUGUAUAUAUUUUCUAUGCAUCUGCCCCACCAACCACAACCACCAACCACUCCAAACAAACCGCUACCGCAACAACUGUGCCACUGUGUGUUGUCGUCGUGUUGCCUUGGUGGUGGUCUCCGUGCCACCGCGCCACCGUACCACCGUGCCACCGUGCUAUCGUUGUCUCUCGAUCUCCGUCAUGAACCCCAAAGU